CUGCAGAGCAGUGACAUCAUCGUCGCGGACGGUAAAAAAAGGCCGGUGCGAGCUGGGAGCGAGAGAGUCUGCAGCGAUCAGCGAGUCGUCGACAACCUUCGAAAAUGGAUUCCACUGGAGUAAAAGUUUUAGAUUCAGCGGAUGACAUCCAGGAGAGACGUCAGCAGGUGCUAGACAGGUAUCGGCGUUUUAAGGAACUCUCUCUUCUGAGACGGCAGAAACUAGAUGAUUCCUACAGCUUUCAGUGUUUUCGUCGUGAUGCGGAUGAAUUGGAAAAAUGGAUUCAAGAGAAACUGCAAAUUGCAUCUGAUGAGAGUUACAAGGAUCCCAGCAACCUGCAAGGUAAACUGCAGAAACACCAAGCGUUUGAGGCUGAAGUGCAAGCCAAUGCUGGUGCCAUAAUCAAACUUGAUGAAUUUGGCAACAAAAUGAUAACAAGUGGGCAUUUCGCAUCAGAAACUAUUCGAACCCGCCUAGAGGAACUCCAUCAACUAUGGGUGCGUUUACUGGAGAAAAUGAAGGAGAAGGGGAUCCGACUUUUGCAGACUCAGAAGCUUGUGCAAUAUCAACGAGAGUGUGAUGAUGUCAUGGACUGGAUAAAUGAUAAGGAAGCUAUUGUGACAUCAGAAGAAGUUGGCCAGGACUUGGAGCAUGUCGAAGUUUUGCAGAAGAAGUUUGAAGAAUUCCAAACUGACCUUGCAGCUCAUGAGGAGCGUGUUAAUGAAGUUAAUCAACUGGCUGGAAAACUUGAACAGGAUAAUCACCCUGAGUUGACACUUAUCACCCAACGUCAGGAUGAGGUGAACACUGCUUGGCAGAGACUCAAGGGCCUGGUGCUGCAGCGACAAGGCAAGCUUUUUGGAGCAGCAGAAGUGCAACGUUUUAAUAGGGAUGUGAAUGAAACAAUUAGUUGGAUUAAAGAAAAAGAACAGCUAAUGGCAUCAGAUGACUUUGGACGUGACCUGGCUAGUGUGCAGACACUUCUUCGCAAGCAUGAAGGUUUGGAACGAGAUCUUGCGGCUCUGGAGGAGAAGGUGAAAGCACUGACUUCUGAGGCAGACCGCCUACAACAGUCACACCCACAGAAUGCAUCCCAGAUUCAGGUCAAACAAGAAGAGCUCAUUCAAAAUUGGGAGCGAAUCCGUACCUUGGCAGCACAGAGACAUACACGCCUUGAUGAUUCAUACAGACUGCAGCGUUUCUUAGCUGACUUCCGUGACCUGACCAGUUGGGUCACUGAAAUGAAAGCGCUCAUCAGUGCCGAUGAAUUAGCAAAUGACGUGGCUGGAGCAGAGGCAUUGCUUGACAGACAUCAGGAGCACAAGGGUGAAAUUGAUGCCCAUGAAGACAGUUUCAAGGUGACUGAUGAAGCAGGACAGGCCUUGCUCAGUGGUGGCCACUAUGCAUCUGAUGAAGUCCGCGAAAAGCUUGGAAUCCUUGCUGAGGAGAAAGUCUCUUUGCUGGAUUUAUGGGAGCUCCGUAGACACCAGUAUGAGCAAUGCAUGGAUCUGCAACUCUUCUAUCGUGACACCGAACAGGUGGACAACUGGAUGAGCAAACAGGAGGCUUUCUUGUUGAAUGAAGACUUGGGAGAUUCACUGGACAGUGUCGAAGCCCUUCUGAAAAAGCAUGAAGAUUUUGAAAAGUCCCUUGGUGCUCAAGAAGAGAAAAUUACGGCUUUGGAAGAAUUUGCCACCAAGCUGAUUCAGAGUGACCACUAUGCAAAGGAAGAUGUUGCAGCACGUCGCGAUGCGCUGCUGAGCCGGCGGAAUGCUCUCCAUGAGCGAGCCAUGUAUCGGCGAGUUGCGCUAGAGAACUCUUUCAGUCUGCAGCAGUUUUUCCGUGAUUCUGAUGAGCUGAAGAGUUGGAUAAAUGAGAAGAUGAAAACUGCGACUGAUGAAGCUCACAAGGAUCCCUCAAACUUGCAAGGAAAGGUUCAAAAACACCAGGCCUUUGAAGCAGAACUUUCAGCUAAUCAGAGUCGCAUUGACACACUACAGAAAGCUGGACAGGAACUGAUUAAUGCCAAGCACUAUGCCUCAGAUGAAGUAAAUGCUCGUAUGGAUGAUGUCAUCACUCUAUGGAAAAGGCUGCUUGAGGCUACAGAACUGAAAGGUAUUAAACUACGUGAAGCCAACCAACAACAGCAAUUUAACCGUAAUGUGGAAGACAUUGAACUCUGGUUGUAUGAAGUUGAAGGUCACCUCGCUUCAGAUGAUUAUGGAAAGGACCUGACUAGCGUACAAAAUCUGCAGAAGAAACAUGCACUGCUGGAGGCUGAUAUUGCAGCACACCAGGACCGUAUUGAUGGAAUUAAUAUUCAAGCUCGGCAAUUCCAAGAAGCCGGACACUUUGAUGCUGACAAUAUCAAGAAGAAGCAAGAAACUCUGGUUGGUCGUUAUGAGGCCCUGAAAGAACCAAUGGUGACUCGUAAACAGAAACUUGCUGACUCCCUUCGACUUCAGCAGCUCUUCCGUGAUAUCGAAGAUGAAGAAACGUGGAUUCGGGAAAAAGAACCAAUUGCAGCUUCCACCAACAGAGGAAAGGAUUUGAUUGGUGUACAGAACUUGCUUAAAAAACAUCAGGCACUCCAAGCGGAGAUUUCUGGUCAUGAGCCACGAAUCAAAGCUGUGGCCCAGAAAGGACAAGUAAUGGUGGAAGAUGGCCACUUUGCCAGUGAGGAAGUGAAAGGCAAACUGAAUGACCUUAAUCAGAAAUGGGAUUCCUUGAAAGCAAAAGCUGCGCAGAGGCGCCAGGAUUUGGAAGAUUCGCUGCAGGCUCAGCAGUAUUUUGCUGAUGCUAAUGAAGCAGAGUCUUGGAUGAAGGAGAAGGAACCUGUUGUUGGCAGCAUUGACUAUGGGAAAGAUGAAGACUCUGCUGAGGCCCUAUUGAAGAAGCAUGAAGCUUUGAUGUCUGAUCUAAUUGCAUAUGGAAGCAGCAUUCAAGCAUUGAGAGAACAAGCUCAAGCCUGCCGUCAACAAGUGGCUCCUACAGAUGAUGAAACUGGAAAAGAACUUGUUUUGGCAUUGUAUGAUUACCAGGAGAAGAGCCCUCGUGAAGUUACUAUGAAAAAGGGGGAUAUCCUUACCCUGCUAAACAGCACCAACAAGGAUUGGUGGAAAGUGGAAGUGAAUGAUCGCCAGGGCUUUGUUCCUGCUGCCUAUGUUAAGAAACUGGACCCUGCACAGUCUGCAUCACGUGAGAAUCUGCUGGAGGAUUCAAGCAGCAUAGCAAUGCGCCAGGAACAGAUCGACAACCAGACUUUGCUAGCUAAGGAGGUUGGCAGCGUUGUGCUCCGUAUGAAGCAGGUGGAGGAAUUAUACCAAUCUAUUCUGGAGCUGGGCAAAAAACGUAAGGAUAUGCUGGAAAAGAGCUGUAAGAAGUUCAUGCUUUUCCGGGAGGCCAAUGAGCUGCAGCAGUGGAUCCAUGAGAAGGAGACAGCAUUGACCAGUGAAGAAGUGGGCACUGACUUGGAACAAGUGGAAGGACUGCAGAAAAAGUUUGAUGACUUCCAGAAAGACUUGAAAGCCAAUGAGUCUCGCUUGCGAGAUAUUAACAAAGUGGCAAACGAUCUCGAGUCAGAGGGUCUGAUGGCUGAAGAGGUUCAAGUAGCUCAGGAACAACCAGUCUUGGGAUCUGCCCCAGGAGCUGCCAAGGAUGAAUCUGACUCUAAAACUACAUCGCCAUGGAAGACUGUGCGGCUGGCAACACAUACGGUGGCUAGCUUUAAUGCCAUCAAGGAACUGAAUGAGCGCUGGAAAUCACUGCAACAACUAGCUGAGGAACGCAGCCAGGUCUUGGGAAGUGCACAUGAAGUACAGAGAUUCCACAGAGAUGCUGAUGAAACGAAAGAAUGGAUUGAAGAGAAAAAUCAAGCUCUCAACACAGAUAAUUAUGGACAUGACCUUGCAAGUGUCCAGGCUCUGCAACGCAAGCAUGAAGGAUUUGAACGGGAUCUUGCUGCUCUGGGAGAUAAAGUGAAUUCUCUGGGUGAGACUGCAAACCGACUGAUUCAGUCUCACCCUGAAUCAGUUGAGGAUGUCCAAGAAAAAUGCACAGAAUUGAAUCAGGCCUGGGAUAGCCUGGGGAAGCGUGCUGACCAACGUAAAGGAAAAUUGAACGACUCUCAUGACCUACAGCGUUUCCUAAGUGACUUCAGGGAUCUCAUGUCCUGGAUAAAUGGAAUCCGAGGAUUGGUGUCUUCAGACGAACUGGCCAAAGAUGUGACUGGAGCAGAGGCAUUGUUAGAGAGGCAUCAGGAACAUCGUACUGAAAUUGAUGCCAGGGCUGGCACUUUCCAAGCAUUUGAACAGUUUGGGCAUCAGCUGCUUGCUCGUGGGCACUAUGCUUGCCCAGAAAUACGGGAAAAGCUAGACAUCCUGGAGCGUGAACGUGCAGAUCUGGAGAAAGCCUGGAUUCAACGCAGAAUGAUGUUGGAUCAGUGCCUGGAGCUGCAGCUAUUUAACCGUGACUGCGAACAGGCUGAGAACUGGAUGGCGGCACGUGAAGCAUUCCUGGCCAGUGAUGAUAAAGGUGACUCUCUGGACAGUGUAGAGGCCCUCAUCAAGAAACAUGAAGAUUUUGAUAAAGCCAUCACAGUUCAGGAAGAGAAGAUUGCAGCAUUGCAAGCCUUUGCUGAUCAGCUAAUUAGCUCUGAACAUUAUGCAAAGGAUGAUAUUUCAAAUCGUCGUAAUGAGGUAUUGGACAGGUGGCGCCGCUUGAAAGCUCAGAUGAUCGAGAAGAGGUCUAAACUUGGCGAAUCACAAACCCUACAACAGUUUAGCCGGGAUGUAGAUGAAAUUGAGGCCUGGAUCAGUGAAAAGCUUCAGACUGCUACUGACGAAUCUUACAAAGAUCCAACAAACAUUCAGCUGUCCAAACUGUUGAGCAAACAUCAGAAGCAUCAGGCAUUUGAAGCAGAGCUUCAUGCUAAUGCUGACCGUAUCCGUGGGGUGAUUGACAUGGGAAAAUCACUGAUCAAACGAGGGGCAUGUGCUGGUAGUGAAGAUGCUGUCCAGACUCGCUUAGGAACGCUAGCUGACCAAUGGGAAUAUUUAGUGAAGAAAUCAGAAGAAAAGAGUCAAAAGCUGAAAGAGGCCAAUAAGCAGCAGAAUUUCAACACUGGUAUCAAAGACUUUGACUUCUGGUUGUCAGAGGUGGAAGCUCUCCUGGCCUCUGAGGACUACGGGAAGGACCUGGCAUCUGUGAAUAACUUGCUGAAGAAGCAUCAGCUCCUUGAAGCAGAUAUUAAUGCUCAUGAGGACCGUCUGAAAGAUUUGAAUGGCCAGGCUGAUAGUCUGAUGUCUAGUGAUGCUUUUGAUACCACCCAAGUGAAGGAUAAACGUAAUGCAGUGAACAGCAGGUUUCAGAAAAUUAAAGACAUGGCUACUACUCGCCGUGCUAAACUGAAUGAUUCACAUAGACUUCACCAGUUCUUCCGUGAUUUGGAUGAUGAGGAAUCCUGGAUAAAAGAGAAAAAAUUGCUUGUGAGUUCUGAAGAUUAUGGUCGGGAUUUGACUGGAGUACAGAACUUGAGGAAGAAGCACAAGCGUCUCGAAGCAGAACUGGCUGCUCAUGACCCAGCUAUCCAGUCUGUACUGGAGACUGGAAAGAAGCUGUCUGAUGAUAAUACCAUUGGCAAAGAGGAAAUUCAGCUGCGAUUGUCUCAGUUUGUGGCACACUGGAAGGAACUGAAGGAGCUUGCUGCUACUCGAGGACAGCGUUUGGAAGAAUCCUUGGAAUACCAGCAGUUUGUGGCAAACGUUGAGGAGGAGGAAGCCUGGAUCAAUGAGAAAUUGAACCUGGUGGCAAGUGAGGAUUAUGGAGACACACUUGCUGCAGUACAAGGGUUGCUGAAAAAACAUGAAGCAUUUGAAACUGAUUUCACAGUUCACCGUGAUAGAGUGCAUGAUGUUUGUGCUAAUGGAGAGGAGCUGAUAAAGAAGGACAAUCACUAUGUAGAAAAUAUUGCUGCAAAGAUGAAGGGAUUGCAAGCGAAAGUGACAGAGUUGGAGAAGGCGGCUGCACAGAGGAAGGCGAAGUUGGAUGAGAACUCUGCAUUCUUGCAGUUUAACUGGAAGGCUGAUGUAGUUGAGUCGUGGAUUGGUGAGAAAGAGAACAGUCUGAAGACAGAUGAUUAUGGACGUGAUCUCUCCUCAGUACAAACGUUGCUCACAAAGCAGGAAACAUUUGAUGCCGGACUGCAGGCUUUCCAACAGGAGGGGAUCACUAAUAUUACAGCAUUAAAAGAUCAGUUACUGGCAGCAAAACACAUUCAAUCUAAAGCUAUUGAAGCUCGUCAUGCUUCGUUGAUGAAAAGGUGGAAUCAGCUUUUGACCAAUUCUGGUGAAAGGAAGAAGAAAUUGCUUGAAGCACAGGAGCAUUUCAGAAAACUUGAAGAUCUCUUCUUGACCUUUGCAAAGAAAGCCUCAGCAUUUAACAGUUGGUUUGAGAAUGCAGAGGAAGACCUUACAGAUCCUGUGCGUUGCAACUCUCUGGAGGAGAUCAGGGCUCUGCGCGAGGCUCACGACGCUUUCCGCUCAUCCUUGAGCUCGGCUCAGACUGACUUUAAUCAGCUGGCUGAGCUUGAUCACCAGAUUAAGAGCUAUCGGAUGAUCUCUAACCCCUACACCUGGUUUACUAUGGAAGCUCUAGAGGAGACUUGGAGGAACUUGCAGAAAAUCAUCAAGGAACGAGAACUGGAAUUGCAGAAGGAACAGAGACGCCAGGAAGAGAAUGAUAAAUUACGUCAGGAAUUUGCACAACAUGCAAAUGCUUUUCAUCAGUGGCUACAAGAAACCAGGACAUACCUACUGGAUGGUAUAGCGUAUCGACGCGUCAUUCAUGUGUAUCAGUAUGAAGUUGGGGAUGAUCUGGCUGGAAGGUCUUGCAUGGUGGAGGAGUCGGGAACACUUGAAUCACAGCUUGAGGCAACAAAGAGAAAGCAUCAGGAGAUUCGGGCAAUGAGAAGUCAGCUGAAAAAGAUUGAAGAUCUUGGAGCAGCUAUGGAAGAAGCCUUGAUCUUAGACAACAAAUACACAGAGCACAGCACUGUAGGACUGGCACAACAAUGGGACCAACUGGAUCAACUUGGAAUGAGAAUGCAGCAUAACUUGGAGCAACAGAUACAGGCCAGGAACACAACAGGCGUAACCGAGGAAGCCCUUAAAGAAUUCAGUAUGAUGUUCAAGCACUUUGAUAAAGACAAGUCUGGACGUCUGAACCAUCAGGAAUUCAAAUCAUGUUUGCGUUCCUUGGGUUAUGACUUGCCGAUGGUAGAGGAAGGAGAACCAGACCCUGAAUUUGAGGCUAUUCUGGAUGCCGUUGAUCCCAACAGAGAUGGAUAUGUGUCACUACAGGAAUACAUGGCCUUCAUGAUCAGCAGAGAAACUGAAAACGUCAAGUCUAGUGAGGAGAUCGAGAGUGCUUUCCGUGCCCUCAGCUCCGAAGGAAAACCAUUUGUCACACGUGAAGAACUCUAUCAGAACCUGUCAAGGGAGCAGGCUGAUUACUGCCUCUCUCACAUGAAGCCAUACACAGAUGGCAAAGGCAGAGAGAUUCCUUCAGCCUUCGACUAUGUGGAAUUCACACGAUCGCUAUUUGUGAACUAGAUGCUACCAAAAUCAAUGUGUUAUCUGCUAUUGUUAGCUCUGCAUGUCUAUGUCUAAUCUUUGUGCAACUAUAAAUUGUCACUUCAGUAAAAUGGCUUGCUUGUGUGGUUUGCUUGGAAUUUUUUAUUACUAUGAUUGCAGUGUGCUCAAUAAACACUACUAAUUCAAACUGG